GCUUGCUCCCUCCCUUUUCUCCCCUAGCUUUCUCGUCUCCCACUGCCUGCUCAGGGUCCGACCCUGGCUCAAGCCGGGGCUCAGGUUCUGGUGUCAGCUGCGGCUCCUGUUCCGUCUUCAGGUUGUCGGCCACUUGCGCUUAGAUCUCCAUCCCCAAGAGCCUGGCUCAGGUCUCUGUUCUCGGAAUCUCGAGCUCCGCUCAGGACUGGCUGACUGGCUCGCUGGCUGCUCCCGCAGCGGCCGCUCUGAGCCCUAAUGGGGGAGUGAAAAGCUACAGCCAGGCCGGACAUGGGCCACCCCACCCUGCCUGGCUUGGUGCCACUGGUGGCCCUGGCCCUGAUGGUGGGGCUGUACCUUCCUGUUGCUCUUGGGAUGUCUACCCACAAGAGGCAUCAAGAAAAGAUAGACAUCGAGUGUCCCCAGGGGAAAUAUAGGCAUCGCACAAACGAAUCUAUCUGUUGUCUCAAAUGUCACAAAGGGACUUACUUGGAGGCUGACUGUGGCGGCCCAGACCUUGCACCUAACUGUAAGACGUGCGAGGAUGGCACCUACACAGAGAUAGAGAACUUCUCACCAAGGUGCCUCCGCUGUUCUAUCUGCAGAGGAGAGAUGGGCCAGGUAGUGAAGAAACUCUGCACAGUCUCAAGCAACACAGUAUGUGGAUGUGGGAAGAACCAAUAUCAACUAAGGAAAGGGACAGAAGAAGAUGGAGUCUUUAAAUGCGUCAACUGCAACCCGUGCCUCAAUGGCACGAUACAGAUUCCAUGUCAGGAGAAACAGGAUGCUCUGUGUAAAUGUAAUCCAGAUUUCUUUUGGCAUGGUCACAAAUGCAUCUCGUGUAGUGAAUGUUCAGAGGAAACCUGCAAAGGUUCGUGCCCCUUAAGGUCCAUUCAAGAGCAAUCAGGUUCAGUGCUGAUGCCCUUGGUGAUCUUUUUGGGGUUUUGUUGCCUCUCUCUCGUCUUCAUUGUCUUCUUCUGUCACUACCCACGAUGGAGGUCCAAACUGUAUGUAAUUGUCUGUGGGAGACAGUCUCCUCCUGUAAGAGAGGAAGAAAAUGAGCGGCCCCUGGUCACGUCCCCUACCUCGAACUUCACCCCUGUCCGGUCCCAAACAAUCCUUUCCACUCCCGUCCCCGCCUCCGCCCUCCCUCCCUUCCACUCAAGCAAUUGCUCGACUGUGUACAAUGUACAACCUAUCGCGACGCCGGCAUCGCCCCACCAGCGGGCAGAACCCAUCAUUCCCUGCCCCCAGAUGCCAUCAGACUGCGUCACGCCAGACGUCACCGCCCUACAUCUUGACAAGCCAGCCAAGUUGUAUGCAGUGGUAGACGGAGUGCCUCCCUCCCGCUGGAAGGAGUUCAUUCGUCGUUUGGGACUGGAUGAGCAUCAUAUUGAAUUCCUUGAGAUGCAGAACCCCCGCUGCCUGCGAGAAGCCUACUACAGCAUGCUGGCAGCAUGGCAGAAGGCAGUACCCCGGCACCAGGCCACUCUGGAAGUGCUGGCCCAGGUGCUCACUGACAUGGACUUAGAUGGUUGCCUGGAGAACAUCAAAGAGACCUUGAACGUGGGCAGCCCCUCCGGACCUCUGCCCUCUCUCCCUAGGUGAGGCUGUACCAAGCACAGCUUUCCCUUAUUUUGGCCUCACCUCUCCUGGACCCUUCACGCAUAUGGGACCUCGUCCCCAACGCUUAUUUCUCUUCCUAGGAAGGGUUUAGAGGAAUCCCAGGGCAGGCUGGAUGGAUGGUUUUGAAAACACCCUGUGCCUAUCCAAGUCAGAAGUCUUUGGGGGCCCCACUUCUGGAGUGCAUUGUUUAUUUGGUGCUAUAUGCUGUCAGUUGUAUACCAGCCUAGUAUACCCUGACUUUCUCAACUAUUUAUGCACUGUGUGAAUGUGGAAGAGCAAAAGGAACACUGCUAAGUGGGGUGUAGUUUUACCAAACUCUGCAGUAUCUGAGUAGGGUUGGGGAUCUCUGGGAUGUAUCUGAGGAUGUAGCUAAAACAUGGUGGGCUUGUACCUGGAGCACUAAUGGAUGGAGUAUAGGCAGCUGAAGGCCCAAGUAGACUUGGGCCCUCUGCCUUGGUCAGUUCUCCUUCAUAUGUGGUAAAUGAACAAUCUUUGUAACAUUUUUUUUACACUAAUGUAAACCCAGCAUCAUCCCUUCCUCCUCAUACCACCUCACAUGGUUUUCUCUUUUAUCUCCACUUAGAGGAGUGGGAAUCAAAUGCUAGGUGUCAUAUGGGUUAGAAGGCUGAAGGCAGAGGCCAGAACUCUCUUUUUGUAAAUAUUGUACACUAAAACUUUUGAAAUUAAAGCUCUGGCUCAUUUAGUAAAUGGAUUA